GCCUUUCUUUGUAUUUUGUUUCCUGUAUCUGAAGCAGCAUCUCACUUUCAUCAGCACUGUUGAAAGAAGAGGAAAAAAUGUCAGUGCUAUCUCCUGAAAUCAAAUUUAAGACUAAUAAAGUCUCUAGAAGUUCUCUUGAUGGCUGUUUUCUUUUUGAGAGUAGUUGGAAGAAAGCAGUUUUAGAAACACAAAAAAUAAGAAAAGAAUAUGCUACAGCUUUUGGUAUAAAAGAGUUCAAGGAAUGUGUCAAAGUGCCAUAUUUACCAGGAUUGCAGAGUUCCCAAAGAAAUGUAAAUUCAACUCCAUUUGAUGGUCAUAAAAGACUGCUAUGUGCUGAGACCAAGAUGCCUAAUGUCAGCUGUUCUACUGAGAACUUGCCCAGUUGCCCGCAAGCACUUUAUCCUCCUCGGCAUGUUGCACAGGGCCGGGUGAAAGAAGAGUCUUGGCAUAAAAGGGUAAAGAAGACUAAGCAGACAUGUGCUGUAGUACCACUUCAGGAGAAAUCCAAAAAUUCUGACUUUAGCAAUCCUCUUACUGGAGCACCACCACAAUACUUACAGAGACUUUCCAAAAUGGCCAUAUUAGAAUAUGAUACAAUUCGUCAAGAAACAAUCAGAAAAUCAAAAAAAGGCAAGAAACGAGAGCUGCAAGACUGCUGA